GGGCGGCCGCCGCGUGUGCGUGCGUACCCUGGAGCCCGGCGGCGAGGCCGGUGCCCGCCUGGGCCGCACGCACGUCCUGCUGCACCAUUGCCCGCCCUUGCACCUGCUGUCCACGCGCAAGGACGUCUUCCUGGGCCCCGCUGCCUCCAGCGGGCCGGGUGCGGCGCACGUCCUCCUCACUUGGAACCCGAGCAGGGGCAAGGUGAUGGUGACCGCCCCGCGCCUCGGCCUGUCCUACAGUAAAAGCCUGAAUCCCAAGCAGGGGGAUACCUGGGACUUCCGGACCCUGCUCCGAGGCUGCCCUGGGUUGCUGUGCCCCGGAGAGCCACUGGCGGUCCAUACCUGGGCCCCGACCCCCCAGGGCUUGCUGCUGCUGGACUCCAGGGGCACUGUGAGCCUGGUGCAAGCCCACGGUGCUACGCGAACUGUGGGCGCCCUGCAGGAGGUCCCUGUAGGUCUGGAGGGCUCGGCCGCCCUGGGAACAUUCCACGGCACUCUGGCCUGUGUGCUGGGCUCCACCUUGCAGCUUCUGGACAUGGGCAGCGGGCAGCUGUUGGAGCGGAAGGUCCUCAGUACGGACAGAGUCCACUUGCUGGAGCCCUUGGCCCUCGCAGUGAAGGACGGGGAAGGACUAGGGACCCAAGGGGGCCUUCGUUUGCUUUCAGCCUUGGGUCUGUUUCAUGUGGGCUGGGAAACCCCCCGGCCCCUUGAGCUGCCUUCAGCCACAGACCUGGUAUUCGAAGAGGCCUGUGGGUACUACCAGCGGCGGAGCCUGCGGGGUGCCCAGCUCACCCCGGAGGAACUGAGGCACAACAGCACGUUCCAAGCACCUCAAGCCCUCGCUGCCAUCCUCCAGGGCCACAUGUCCCCGUCCACCCUGCUGACGACCCUAAGGGCUGAGCUUCGAGACUAUCAGAGCCUAGAGCAGCUCAAGGCCCAGCUGGUGGCAGGGGAGGAGGAGGAGGCCGUCUGGACCGAGCUGGCCCACCAGGAAGUGGCACGCCUGCUGAGGACUGAGUUGGCAGGAGAGCAGCUUGCCCAGCUCAACACUGUUUUCCAGGCCCUUCCGUCAGCAGCCUGGGGUGCCACCCUUCGCGUCCUGCAGCUCCAGCCAGAUGGGAGUGGCAGGCUGAGCUCCCAAGCUCCCCCUGAUGUAUGGAAAAGGGUGCUAGGGGGUACAACACCUGGGAAGGACCCCCCCAAUGGGAUACUGCCCGCCUUUGAACUCCUGUGCCGGUGCCUGUGCCGGCUGGAGCCUCGGUGGCUCCCCGCCUUCGUGGAGCUGGCCCAGCAGCAGGGCGGGCCAGGCUGGGGAGCUGGAGGCCCAGGGCUGCCCCUCUACCGCAGAGCCCUGGCCGUCCUGGGUGAAGAAGGGAGCAGACCUGAGGCCCUGGAGAUAGAGCUGCUUUUGGGUAGCAGGAGACCCAAGGCUGUGCUGCAAGCCGUGGGGCAGCUGGUGCGAGGGGAGCAGUGGGAGCGGGCCCUGGAGGCCGGCCUGGCCCUGGGGCCCUCCAGCCCCCUGCUUCGAAGCGAGAUCUUCAAACUGCUGCUGGCCGAGUUUGCGCGGCACCGCCGGCUGGACGCUCACCUCCCUCUUCUCUGCUGCUUGUGCCCACCGGAACUGGCUCCAGAUGAGCUCCUGCUUCUCCUGAGAACACACCUUCCGGAUGAGGGGGGGCCCCCUACCCCAUUUCCUGAGCCUGGGGCAGAGCCCCCUCUCACUGUGGGCUUGCUCAGAACCUUGCUGGAGCAGACCGGGGCGCAAAGACGGCCCUCAGGCCCAGUCCUAAGCCUGUAUGAGGACGUCUUGUGGGACCUGGGCACCCCACCCCCCACACCCCCUCGGGGACCUGUGCCCACACUGCAGGCAGUGGAGCAGCCAGACUUGGAGGCUUGGGCACCCUCUGUAUAGGGCCUCUGUGACUGACACGGGAAGUCACUUGUAGGACUCUUGAUGAGGGAGGAGUGCCUAGGAGUUGGAGGGGCCAGGGCAGAACCUGUGUGUGCAGUUCCCUUCUGUCUUCUGAAACGGUUUCUGAAAUAUAUAUAAAUGUCAAAUGUGCA